AUGACCGCACCCGCCCACACGGAGCUCGUGUUCCAUCACGACGCCAAGCGCUACACGCUGCCGACGACGGUGGUCGCCGUGCUGCCGUUUGCGUCGCUGGCGUCGGCCAACAAGGCACUCUUCAAGCAGGGCCUUCAGGAGGAGGCCGACGGCCAAGAGACGCCCUACUAUGCCGUCGUGACCGAGGCCACCAUCUUCCACCCGCAGGGCGGCGGGCAGCCGUCGGACGUCGGGACGAUGACGGCGACGACUGCGGCGGAUGGCGAGGGCGGGGGUGUCCACACACCGGCGUCUGUGGUGUUUGACGUCUUGUCAGCACGCACCGACGCCGUCCACCCCAGCCAGGUGCUGCACUUUGGCCGGUUCACGACGGGCUCCGACGACACCGACAACACCAGUGGCAGUUUCAGUUUUGCGGCCGGCACGCCCGUCACGCAGGCCAUUGACGUCGCCAAGCGGGUCCUCUACUCGCGCCUGCACACAGCGGGCCACGUCCUCGGCUCGGCCGUCCGCCACCUCGUCGAGCAGCAGGUGGAGGGCUUCGACGAGCUCAAGGCGUCGCAUUUCCCCGACGCGGCGUCGUGCGAGUUCCGCGGCAAGAUUGACGGCCACUGGAAGGACCCCAUCCAGGCGCGUCUCACCGAGUACAUUGCGCGAGCGAUGCCCGUCGAGAUUGACUGGUGGGACGCCGCGGAUUUCCGCAAGAACGGACUGGAGCGGCUGAUUCCGCAACCGGCCGCACCGUCGUCGUCGUCGUCGACGACGACUUCGGCAGCGCCCACGGACAAGUGGCGGAUUGUGCGGAUCGUGGGCGCCGAGGUGUACCCGUGCGGCGGCACACAUGUGGACUCGACGGACCUCUGCGGGGAGACGCGGGUGACCAAGAUUUCGCGGUCCAAGGGGAUCUCGCGGGUGUCGUAUGCGCUGGCCGACCCGGGGAAGGCAUAG